AAAUGAAGGUUUGCAAGACUGAGUCAGAUGGGCCCGAGUCAGUCGACGCUAAUCCCCAUGACCAAUUGACGCUGGUAAAUUGGAUAAGGUCCGUUUGUUUACAGUUUAACAUUUAUUACCCACUAAAGCUUUUGUCAACCAUAUUAAUAUUUUACAUUCUUUUUUUUAUUUUUUUUUAUUUUUCCAAAAUCCAAGGUAAAUUCCUCUUUUUUAUUUUUAUUUUCAGCUUUGCCUUGCUUUAUUAAGAGGGGAGGUUGGGUUUUUGGGGGUGGGUCCAAAAAGCACGUGACAAAGGUGGAGGUGGUGUCAGCGAUCAUGUGACGAGUUUCAUAAGGGUUCGGUUCAAAAAGGCCAGCACCUUGCCCUCAUUAUUUAAUACGAACCUCUCUGCAUGUAAAAUGAUGCUCCAAUUUCAUCUUAUUUACGCUCCUGCCCCUCCCCUCACUCCUCAAAACCCCCCUCCCCCUUCCAUUAUCUCUCUCACUCACUCUCUCUCACCCAUACAAACCAAACAAACUCUCUUCUUCACCUCUCUCUCUCUCUCUCUAACCACUGCGAUUUCUGCACUUAAUGGAACUGCCGGAAUUCUACCUCGGCGGCUACUUCGACGCCGGAGCCUCCGACUUUCUGCCGGAGAAGAAGCCCGCCGCAGCCGGCGACCAAUUCACCGUCGACGACCUCCUCGACUUCUCCAACGAAGACGCUCUAGUCGCCGACGGCGGUUUCUUGGACGCCGCUGCCGAUUCCUCCGCCAUCACCGCCGUAGACAGCUGCAAUUCCUCGGUUUCCGGGGGAGAGCCUCAGUUCUCCGGCAACCGGAACUUCGGUGACUCUCAGUUCUCCGGCGACCUUUGCGUUCCGCACGACGACUUGGCGGAGCUAGAAUGGCUAUCGAACUUUGUGGAAGACUCCUUCUCAGCAGAGAAGGACUUGCAAGCUCUCCAAUUCCUGUCCAUGACCACAACCAAACCUCAAACCCCCGAAACGUCCUCGUCCUCUGAAACGAAUCAAAACGCACCGCUUUUCCACCCCGAAACGCCUCUCCCGGGAAAAGCCCGAAGCAAGCGCUCACGCGCUGCCCCCGGAGACUGGUCCACGCGCCUCCUCCACCUCGUCACUCCCAAUGACACCAUCAAGCCUCCCAAAACGACAACGUGUAAGAAGAAAGAUGGUAUUGGUGGCAAUUCGAACUCGGGUUCCGACACUUCAGGCCGGAAAUGCCUCCAUUGCGCGGCAGAAAAGACCCCGCAAUGGCGAACUGGCCCUAUGGGCCCAAAAACACUUUGUAACGCGUGCGGAGUUCGCUAUAAGUCCGGCCGGCUUGUGCCCGAGUACCGGCCCGCCGCGAGCCCCACUUUUGUGUCGGCUAGGCAUUCCAAUUCGCACAGGAAGGUUUUGGAGCUCCGGAGACAAAAGGAGGUCCAUAGAUCACAUCAGCAUCAGUUUCUUAGUAAAAGUUCCAUUUUUGGCGUAUCCAACGGUGGUCAUGAUGAGUACUUGAUCCGUCACCAUAGCGUUAACGAUUUCCGGCAGAUGAUGUAGUGAUGCUAGAGUAGGAUAAGUUAGGGUGCACCUCUCUAAAUUUAACAAGAAUUCUCUAGCUUAAUUUGCUAAUUUUUUGGUCUUAAAAUUUGAAUUUGUAUUGGUCAUUGAGCAAAAAAAAAAAAUGUAGAAUUGAAAAAACAAAAAAAAGGGGGGAAGGGAGAAAGUUGGGCAUUGGCUUUGUAUUGUACUUUCCUUUUUCUUUUUUUGUCGAAUUUGGCAAAUUUAGAAUAUCAAUUUUACCUACAUUUUGUUUUCAAUUUCUUUUUUUGUUAAAUUAAUAAAAUCCACAAAUUUUGUU